AUGCCUUUGUGCCAUCAUUUGCAUCAUAUAGCCUCCAUAGUUAUUUUCAUUGUAAAUUGCUUAACAAUGUUACAUGUUGUCUACAUUAUCUGACUGUUGUUGAGGAGAUUGGCCUUGCAUUGUUCUUUUAAAUUCAUUUCAGUCAUCAUCUAAUGGAAUGCCACCACUGCCUCCAAGAUCUAUGCCUCCACCACCUCCACCAAAAUUUAAUUCAACAACCGCUGGGAACUUGCAUGAGAAGAGAAGUGUUGCAGAUAAAGUUAAACCUGAUAACGUCUCUGUCUUGUACGUUUUAGUUGUUUCGGAUACUAUGGUGAAGUUAAUGGAAUAUGGAGACGAUGACGAUGAAUUUGAGGAAAUCUGUGAUGAAACCUUUAAUAGAAACUCCAAUAUUGUUACAGUUCAGAAACCAUUGUGGGCAUUGUGACAUGGGAUUCUAGACUGUUGGCAGUAGGCAGAACUUUUUCUUAUGUAUACUUGGGAUUUGCGGAGGUAGUGAAAAACAGUAGUUUCUUGGAUUCUUUUGGUCUUUGGGAGAUUGAGACCUGAAGCUGCAUAGGCAUCAGCUUAGCUUGUGCAACAAGGGGAAGCAGCAAUAACUUCAGAAAACAAGGUUGCUGAAUCUGUGGUGAGUUUUGGCUGUCAGCUGUGGGUGUUUUUGAUGAGCAAUGUAGAGAAUCAUUGUUGUGUUCUGGUCCCGUUGAUAAGAGGGAUGUAAACUAGUUCAUGUGGUUGCACCGUGCUAGAAUGCUGCUGCAAGCUGCAGAAGCUGUCACCAAGAUAUGGAGGCUAAACUUUGUACCUUAAUUCUUUUAAUGAAAUGAAUGGAUGCUG